UGCCAUGUUAAGGCCGUUGGGGUCCUCGUUCUUCCUUUCCGCCGAGCCCCGCCAUCUUUGAAGGGUCAAGAUGACGAACACCAAGGGCAAGAGGAGGGGCACUCGCUAUAUGUUUGCAAGGCCCUUCCGAAAACACGGGCCUGUUCCUCUCUCAACUUACUUCCGUAUCUACAAGAAAGGUGAUAUUGUUGACAUUAAGGGCACAGGCACUGUACAAAAGGGUAUGCCCCACAAGUGUUACCAUGGCAAGACUGGAAGAAUUUAUAAUGUUACACAGCAUGCUGUAGGCAUUAUUGUCAACAAACAAGUCAAGGGCAAGAUCCUUGCCAAAAGAAUAAACGUGCGUAUUGAGCACAUAAAACAUUCAAAAAGCAGGGACAGCUUUCUGCAGCGAGUGAAAGCUAAUGAAGAGGCCAAGAGAGCAGCUAAGGAGAAGGGGACCUGGGUUGAGCUGAAACGUCAGCCUGCUCAGCCCAGAAAAGCACACUUCGUACGAACCAAGGCGAAUAAGCCACAGCUGCUGGAACCAAUUCCAUAUGAGUUCAUGGCAUAAUUUUGUAAAACAAAACAAAUAAAUAUUGUCUGAAUUUG